AUGGCAGACACACAGCCCCAAACACAGCCAGUACGGACGACUGCAGGUACAGAUGCCACAAGUUUGUUGCAGCCUACCAAUUAUGUGGGUUUCGAUACCAUUACAACUCAAAUCGAAAAUCGUAUGGUUAAACGUGGCUUUACACUCAAUGUAAUGCUUGUUGGAGCCUCAGGCUUGGGAAAGUCAACUUUGAUCAACACUUUAUUUAGUAGUCAUUUAGAUGACUCCUGUGGAAGAAAUACUGUCUAUGAGCCAAUUGAACGUACACCUGAUAUUAAGGUUACUUCACACGACAUGAUUGAGAACAAUGUUAUAUUGCACCUAAACAUCAUCGAUACUCCAGGAUUUGCCGAUCAGAUCAACAACAAUCAUUGUUGGGAUCCUCUUCUGAAAUAUGUAAAGGAUCAGCAUAAUCAGUACUUGAGACGGGAAUUGAAUGCCAGCAGAGAGAAGUUCAUCAAGGACACAAGGGUUCACUGUGCCCUCUACUUUGUCGCUCCAAAUUAUUAUGGUCUUUCUCGCUUGGAUGUGCAAGCCUUAAAGAAGUUGACUGAGGUAGUCAAUGUUGUUCCUGUUAUUGCCAAAUCAGAUACGCUCACUAUGGAAGAAAGAGCUAAUUUGAAGAGAACCCUUCAGGAUCAGUUUAAGCAUUACAACUUGAGAAUGUAUCCUUACAACAAUCAGUAUGAUGAUAGGUUGACUUCAGAGGAGAUUCAGUUUAACAAGGAUAUCAGAUCGAUGCUUCCGUUUGCAGUCAUUGGCUCCGAGGAUGUGAUUACCACACCAAAGGGUGAAACUGUUCGCGGAAGAAGAACCAAAUGGGGUACAAUCAACGUGGAAGACGUUACACAAUGUGAAUUUGUCUACCUUAGGGAUUUCCUUACAAGAACCCAUUUGUACGACCUUAUCGAGACCACUUCUCUGCAACACUACGAAGCUUUCAGAACGAAGCAAUUGACUGCUCUAAGAGAAAACGUUGGUGCAAGGAACUCCUCUCAGUCUCAGAAUCAAUCUUAA